AGCGUUUACCUAUAUUCUGCAUUAACAUGGACGUAAAUCUGUCAUUUUGAUAAUUAUAUAGUUAAGGUUAUAAGCAACGAAUUAUUGCAAUAUUAUUUAAGUUUUAUCAAGCAUGUUUAUUUAAUGAAGCUUGAUAAUAAUUAUCAGUGAACGCAUGAAUAAAAUUUUGCAAUGCAAAGGCUUAAUCUUGAGAUUCUAAAUUGGUGACGUUAUGGAGCUAAAAGUAUGGGUAGAAGGAAUACAGCGUAUUGUAUGUGGUGUUACAGAAACCACUACAUGUCAGGAUGUAGUAUAUGCUCUUGCCCAUGCAACGGGCCAAACAGGUAGAUUUACUUUAAUAGAAAGGUGGAGAACUAACGAACGUCUUUUAGCUCCAUAUGAGAAUCCUUUAAAGAUUCUGAUGAAAUGGGGAGAAUAUUCUUCAGAAGUUCAAUUGAUAUUAAGACGUUCUACUCCAGAAAAUAAUAAGGCUUCUAGUUCAUUAGGAACUCGUUUAAACCAUGGUACACGAUCAAAUGGUGUGAUGAGUUCUGCCUCAGAACAUAAUAGUGCACAAGAUGAUGCUAAAAAUACCACAACUCCAAAUUCCGAAUUUGAUGACUUACAAGGAUGUCUUGAUAGAAAUCGUGACAUCAGAAAAUCACUAACGUUUGGAGGAUUACAUGGACAUGUUAUGGAAAAUAAUACAGAAAUUCAGAUGGAAAAUGUUGCCAUAGUUCAACCUACGUUGCAUUUAAAAAAUAAGGAAUUGAAUAUAAGAAAAAAUAUGCAAAAACCAGCUCAGUCUCCUACCCGUGCUAGUAGCAGUGAAAGUAACACACAUUUAUCACAAAAGAAAGUGCGUGAAGUUCCCCCAUAUAGGGAUCCUCCAGGUCCAGCUUCACCACCUUUAAGAACUUUACCCCCAUACAGAGAUCCUCCACCACCUAAUUUAAAUAGUCCUGGAAGAUCACAGUUUCAAUCUAGUACAAAUAUUGGAAGUCCUCAUGUUCAUAAAGAAGAUCAACCAUCUUCCAGUAAUUCUGUCAAACUAAAGAGAAAUCUUAUUCAGGAAUUUCAAGAAACAAAAGGGCAAGCUCAAUCUGUAAACCAAUUAUCUGGUCAAGCUCAAAAUAUGGUUACAGUUGCUUACACUCAACGCUAUGUUGAACUUAUUAGACUAGUCAAUAAACAACGCGAUACUAUUAAUGCACAGCAAGCGGAUCUUACUAAAUUUGAUGCUGAAAUAUUAUAUUGGGAAACUAAAAAUAGAGAACAAAUGCAUCAGAUGGAUUUCAUUUCUCAGGAAGUGAAUCGCAUGGAAACUACAGGACGUCUUAUUGAAGAACAGCUAAAAGAACUAGCACAUGUCGAAGAAGAAAGUGAAAUAGUUAGACAACAAGAAAAGACAUUAAAAUCAGAAAUUACUUUACUGAGAUCAAAACUUGCGAAUUGUGAGACAGAAUUACUUCAGUGCAAAAAUAAAAUUAGAUUAGUUAUGGAAGAACUUGCUAUAGAACAACAUAAUAUAAGUCGUGAAACAGAUGAAAGACAAAUAAUGGAACGUAAAAUCAUUACUGAAGUCGAACAUCUUCAAAAUGAAGUAGAACAAGCUAAACGUUCUGCUGAACUAGCUUCCCAAUGUGCGGAAACAUUAAAAUUGGAAGUAGUAAGUUUAGAGUCAGCAAUUGUUGAGAAAAAAUUACAAGUAGAACGAUUAGUAGCGGAUAUGAAAGAAGCUAAUUUACAAAGUCUUGCUGUUGCUUGUCAAGAUGAACAAGUCAAAUCAUUAUUUGAAGGUACCCAUAAACCUGGUAGUACGCGUAAAAUGAUAGGUUCACCAAGACAAUUGGAGACUGCGGUACCUACGAGUAAAAAUCCACAUGGUGUUUGGGUAUAAACAUAUAUUAUUCGACAUACUUUGAGAUAUCGAACGUAAUAUUUUUUAUUUUUAAUACAGUAAGCAAUUAAAUAUUUCAUGUAGGGUUACAUGUGCAGUUUGCACCUCUAGUAAAAUCAAUGUAAGUGAAUAAGAUAUUUUACUUUCGUACUGUU